AUGGAACCGCAGCAAGUCGCUGUUGCAAGAACAUCUAUCGAGAAGGAGACUGGAAGUAUGGAGCAGAUGGAGAAGGUUCCACCAGUGGAGAGGGACUACUCGGGCGCCCCGAUUAUGAAAACGGAUCCGGCAGAGAUUGCCUUGGUGAAGAAAUUGGAUUUGACCAUUUUGCCGAUUUUGUGGUUGAUGUAUUUCUUGAAUUUCUUGGACCGAAACGCAAUUGUCAACGGCAAGCUAGACGGCCUCGCUGAAGACUUGAAAAUGAAGGGUAGCGAAUACCAAACAUGUAUUUCUAUUCUCUUCGUUGGUUAUCUCGCCGGCCAAGUCCCUUCGAACAUGAUUCUUACUCGUGUUCGCCCAUCACUCUAUAUGGGAGGCUUCAUGGCAGUUUGGGCGAUCAUUUCUGGCCUGACUGGUCUUGUCAAGAACUACCAUGGAAUGCUGAUCCUUCGAUUCUUUCUGGGUGUUGCUGAAGCUCCUUACUAUCCCGGGGCAUUGUAUGUUCUUACCAGCUUUUACACCCGUAAGGAAGUUGCCGCAAGAAUGGCAAUCUUCUACACCGGAAACAUCGGCUCCAACGCCUUCGCAGGUCUGAUUGCAGCUGGAAUCUUCUCCGGCAUGGACGGAAAGAAUGGUCUUGAAGGAUGGAGAUGGUUAUUCAUCAUCACCGGUGCCAUCACUUUCGGUAUCGCACUUGUAUCGAUGUACCUUCUUCCAGACACACCUCUCACCACGCGUUGGCUCAGCCCCGCCGAACGGCAGCUCGCCCAUGAUCGCAUCAUCCGUGACACAACUGAAGAGUCUGGCAGCUCCAGCACCUGGGAAGGGUUUAAGCAGGCCGUGUUCGACUACCGCACAUGGAUUUUCUGCCUCAUGUACAACUUCCAUCUGACUGCCAACGGGUUUAAAAAUUUCUUCCCUAGUGUCGUCAAAACCUUAGGCUUCAACACGACAAUUACUCUUGUCCUCACAUGCCCCCCGUAUCUUGUUGCCUGCUUCACUAAUAUCCUGGUCUGCUGGAGUUCCGGAAGGUACAACGAACGUACCUGGCAUAUCACUAUCUCGAAGGUGAUUGCUAUUAUUGGUUUCAUCUUGAGUAUGAGCACGACCAACGUCGCUGCUAGAUAUGUAGCAAUGAUGAUCUUCACAGCGGCUACGUAUGGUGUCAACAAUAUCUGCAUGUCGUGGUGCGGGCAGGUACUGGGACAGACACCGGAGAAGAAGGCCGUCACGAUCGCAAUUGUGAAUACACUAGGAAAUGUCAGCUUUGUGUAUAGCCCAUAUUUAUGGCCAGAUAGUGGGGCGCCGAGGUACAUAAUGGCGAUGUCAUCGAGUGCGUCGUUUUCGGCUGGGGUCGUGGUGUGUGCGUGGAUUUUGAGGGCAGUCUUGAUGAGAGAGAACAAGAGAAUUAGAGAGAGUUCAGAUGAGGGUGUGAUGCUGUACGCCUAUUAG